ACUUGCUUUAGGUUGCACGUUCGAUUCCCUGCCUUGGGUGUUGUGAAAAGAGUUUUCGUUAAUAAAUGUUUUCUCGGCGGACAUCGGGAAAUGGGUGGAUAUUUGACUAGUUGAUUAACCCAAUUAAAUAAAUACCAGAGAGAAAGAAAUCUCGGCUUCUGUGAUAGGGUUAGCCCAGGUUUAUUUUUAAUUUCGAUCACCUGUAGCGUGGUUUGUGUCUUUGUAUUUUAUUUUUGGAAUAUUAUGAGAAGAAAUGGGGCCAAUUGUUGAAGUUAACGUGUCAUUAUUAUUAGUUAAUCUUAUUCCUCAAAGAAUAUUUAUAAGUUAAUAAAAAAGUUAUAUAAGUUAAUUUAAAAAUAAAAACAAAUCAAUUUUUUCUCGCUGAAGAUUAAAAAAAAGGGCAUUUUAGGUAUGUUAUCGGCUAAUGUUAAAAUAUUUAGCGCAAGGGCAGCAUAAAAAUAGAAAUAAAUAGUUAUAGUUCGACGCACUAAAUUUAAACGUCAUCAAACAUCCUUUUGGAAACACCCUGGUUUUCGUGAUAAAUUUCAACAGCGAAUUAAAAAUAGAAUCACUAGAGUACAUAUAUUUUAAACAAAUCUGAUUUUAGCCUUGGUGGUUCCAUUAUUUCGCGUAUCGUAAUCGUAAUAUUAGCGCGCGAAAUAAGAAUCAAAUACACGGAGGAUGAAUUAAAAAUAAUUGCGAUAUUGAUUAUCCAUCGAUUUUUUGGUAAAUAAUUUUAAUCGAUAUUAAAAUAUUAGUCUUGUUUGGGAAAUUUAAGCAACUUUUGGCAAUGUUCCCACAUUUAAGUAAGCGCGUUGUGAGGUGCGAGCAACAUUAAAAAUCGGAACGAAGUUCAUAUAGUUAUUCGGUUUGAUACGUAGUUAAUAUUUCCAGCAUUCUCGCGAUGCGUUUACCCCUAUAUUUACUUAGUGUUUUCUGCGAUGAAUCUUAAAGAAAACAUCGAACGAAAACCAGCCCGUUAUGUAAUUCGAAAGGGAUAGAACUAAAGAUAAGCCCAAUUUUGUUAUUUAGGUGCUAUUUUACACAUGGAAAUAAUAAUAAUCAAUUUUGUGGGAGCUAUUUUCUAAAAAUACGCAGUAAGUGUGAAGCUGGUAAUAAGGUUUGUAUUAGUUCGUAGCACAAAAAUCAUAGCGAAUAUACAUAUUGCUGGAGCUAUAUAUAGAUACCCACGUCCCGCAUCAACUAACCCGCACCGGACGCAUACAGCUAAUUAUCUAAAAUUUGUUCGUUUUUCUUUUUAUAGUGUUGCAAUAAUCUUCUUAAGAUGCAUCAUAUGUAUCCGUUGGCCAAGGGAGAUCCUCUUUGCCCCCUCGGGUUCCAUCCCCAAGUGCGAUGGCCUACUAGGUGUAAAAGAUGUUUUAGGGACUAUAAGGAACAUGGAGGCAAAAAGAGGGACGAACCGGCACUGAGACGCGAUAAUUCGACAGCUUCUACACCAAGUUUAUCCUUAAAUUCUAACGAUGGUAACAACAGAAGGAGUUGGAUGUCGAGUACAAAUUUGACUAGCGAAAAUGGUAAUCAGAAAAGUGCUAACAACAAUGAAUACUCAAACCCUUCGUCUUGGACAUCUACUCCGGAUUUAGCAAACUUGCAGGACGAUGUUCAAGCAGUCACUACCGUUAGUAUAAAAUUACCCAAAAGGAGACAAAAACUUAUAGAGACGGGUCACAGAACAGUUUCAGAUAGCUUUUCGAUAAUAAGAGAUAAAAAUAAUAAGAAGUCAUUAUAUGACAAGGAGGAUAGUUUAGCAACGAGGGCUAAAAAAUUGCAAGAAAUUCAGGAAACGCGCGGAAGUCAGAGGAUUCAAGUACAAGAAGUAAAGAGCGUAUCGCAGGAACCGAAUAAUCACGAUGUAAAACGAAAUUUAAAAGCGCAGAAGUCUGUCGACGUUGAUGGAUCCGGAUCGGAAAACGAAGACACGAUAAGUAAUGCGGGGACCGAAACGACGGAUACCACCCUGGUGGGUGCGGACAACGAGAUGAUGGAACAAUUGGAAAGUCUAAAAAAGGAAUUGGACGCCACCAAGGCGAAAUGCGAGCGGUUGGAACGAGAAAAGAGCGACAUCCUUCUUCGAAGAUUGGCGGCCAUGGAAACUACGACGAGCAAAACGACGGCGAGCGAGGUGUUGAAGCUGCAGCAAAAGUGCAACGACUUACAGCAGCAAUUGGAGGAUUACCGCGACGAGAAAAGGAGUUUAACGUUGAGGGUGAAAGAGUUGGAGGUUGAUUUGGAUCUGCGGCCCACGGCUCAGGAAGCGCAAAAAACCGUGGACGAGUUAAGGUCGAAAUUGUUGGCCGCCGAAACGUUGUGCGAAGAAUUGAUGGACGAGAAUGAAGAUAUUAAAAAAGAGCUGAGGGAUAUGGAGGAACAGAUUGACGAAAUGCAAGACAAUUUUCGGGAGGAUCAGGCCGUCGAAUAUACGUCGAUUAAAAAGGAAUUGGACCAGACGACAAAGAACUGUCGGAUAUUGUCGUUUAAGCUGCGGAAAACCGAGAGGAAAGCGGAGCAACUGGAAACGGAAAAAGCGGAAUUGGAGAAAAAGCUCAAUCAAGUUUCGGACGCGUCGUCCGUAUUGAGCCACGUGGAGCGGAUCAAACAAUUGGAACAAGAGUUAAAAGUGUCGAACGAAGUGUCGUUGAGACUGCAAAAGGAAUUGGAAGAGUCGAAUAGAAUAGUGGAGGAAAGGCAAAUUUCGUCGAUGGGCGUUAAAAAAAAAGCUCCCCUUCUCGAGAAAAUGUCGCGAGAAUCAUUGACCAGGGGUGGUUCGCAAGAAGACCCCGCACAGUUAUUGAGGGACCUUCAAGACUCGUUGGAAAGAGAGGCGGAUCUACGGGAACAAUUGAAAUUUGCGGAGGAGGAGGCGGAAAAUUUACGUAAGAAGGUCUCUCGAAUCGAAGACGACAACGAAUCGUUGGUUUUACAAGUGAAAAAGAUGGCGUCAAGGGCUCGAGGUCGAAAGCACAGUCCGACGAGUCAAAGGUUGAGUCCCGAUGGCGCCGCCAGCAAGAACGACGUCACGGAAGAAGAGGACCCGAACGAAUUGAAACUGCAGUUGGAGUUGAGCGAGCAAGAAUCGUCGGUGCUUCGGAAGAAAAUCGAAGAGCUGGAAGGCGAGAAUCGUAAGCUGAAAGCAAAAACCAAAGACAUUCACGACAAACUGACGUCGAAACAGAUGAGAAGAAGCCUAAUUAACAGCGAGAAAGACGAUGGAAAUCGAUCCGGGGCCUUGGACGGUCAAAAGAUUAAGGUUUUAGAAGAUGAAACUAACGAAUUAAGGAAGAAAUUGAUCGAGAAGGAAAGGGACUGCGAAAGGUUGCACGCGGAGCUCAGUUUGAAUUCUAAACGAUCAAAGGGCGUCCAGAAGAGCAAAUCGUUGGAUUUGGACCAACAGACUUUGGAUCUGAAGCGACAGCUUCAAUCGAUGGAACAGGAAACGUCGGUUCUACGCAAUAAAGUUCAGUCGCUGGAAAGCGAGAACGAUAAGUUGAACGGGGAAAACAAGAGACUCGCUUUGCUCGCCGGUACCAAAAGCAAAAAAAUGGAUAAAAAUGUCGACAAGUACAUCGACCAAAUUGCGACAUUGGAGGUGGAAUUGGAAGGAGCGCGGAAAACCAUCGAGCAAUUGACGACGGCGGCGACGGGGGUUAACGGAGAUUCCUCUUCACUCUUCGCAGAGACUCGAAAGGGGGACUAUAGAAAGUUUAGCCAACGUGCGCCCAAAAAAGUAUCCGCCCUCACCACUAGGGAGCAAUUGAAAAACAUGGUCGGCGAUUUGGAAAAAGAAAUCGGGGAAAUGUUGACGUGUCUGAAAACGAGCGAGAACGAACGGACCAAAUUAGAACGGGAGAUGAAGAAAACGGUAAAGCUGGAGCUGGAGGGGGAGAGGGAGAAACAGAUUGAGGUGGAGGUUGAAAGAUUGAAUAAAUCGCUGGAGAAGGUGAACGGCGAGAAGAACGAAUUAAAAGAGGAGGUUGCCAGUCUGAAGGAAGAAAAAAAUCAAAUUUCCGUGGAAAAAGCUGCUUUGGAAGCGGAAAUUAGCAAACUGAAAAGUGAUUGGAAGAGCCUGGAGACAAAAAAAGAAGAAAUCAUCAAGUUGACUAGUGAACUUGACAUUUUGAAAUCAAAUGUCGAUUCAAAAACGGACGAAAUUAAAAAUCUCAAGAUGGAAUUACGGGAGAGUAAAAAGUUUGCCGCCGACAACGCGGCAAAAGCGAAAAAAAUUGCGGAAUUACAAUCCGAGUUGAUCACAAAGGAGAAUAAUUAUUCGGAAUGCGAAAAGAAAUGCAAAAGUUUUGAAGCGAAGAUUGAAAAUGAAAAACGGAAAAUUAAAACGUUGGAGUCGGAGCAAGUGAAAUGGGAAAAAGAGAAGAAGAAAUUCAUUCUACAGAUUGAAGAAUUCAAUUCGAACAUUAAAAGCCUCGAAAACGCUAUCGAAGACAAAGAUAGAUCUAUCAAGCAACUGGAAGAAUGCGCGUUAAAAGCGGCAGCGGACGGAAAAGAAAUAGCGAAGAAAAAUCAACGUCUAACGGAACUCGAAUCCAAAUUGGACGCUGCCGUGAAGAAUCAGAGAAGUUUAGAAGAUAAAUUGAAGAAAGGGGAGGCGGAAAGGAAAAACGCCAAAGUGGUGCAUGAGAAACGAGUUAAGGAACUGGAAAUAGAUUUAACGAAUGAAAAGAAGAAAGUUGAAGUGUUGAAAAGCAACGCGGACAAAGAGCAUAAAAAUCGGGAAAUGACGUCCAGGUACGGAACCAAAAAGGAAGCCGACGAUGUCAACUAUUUCCGAGACAGUAUUGACAAAUUGGAGCGUAGCGUCGCAGAAGAAAAGCAAAAGUAUAACGAUCUGACCGCGAAAUAUGAAAUUUUGGAGGAGGAGCAUGUGGUGACCAAAGCGAAAUUAGUGAUGGAAAAUGAAACGCUUAACCAUCAAUAUAACAGUCUGAGAAAGGAGUGCGAGCAGCUGGAAGGCGAACUGAAGACGCUGCGAGAGACGUACAAUACGAAACAAGAUGCGUGGAUCAAAGAUAGACUCGAAUUGGAACAGAGAAUCAAAGAGUUGUCAAACAGGCAGUACUCGACGGUCGCUAGUAAUGGGAACGAUUAUGAGAAACAGAGAUUGAAGGCGGUUUUGGGGGAGAAGCAAUCGGAAAUCGACAACGUAAGGAAAGAGCACGACGCUAUCCAAAGUCAAAUGGAAUAUAUGAGAAGAGAGAAUGACGAAUUGAAAAAGAAAUUGGACGAUUACGAAAAGGUGAACAAAAUACAAAGAACCAUAAGCGCGGAUUCGUCAGCGAUGGACAAGGAAAUGAAACAGCUGCGACUGAAACUGAGUAAUUUCGAUAAAUCGAAGAAAAGCGAACUGGCCGAAUGCAAAAUCCGUUACGAAAGUCAGUUGAACGUCGUAAACGCGGAACUCCGGUCUCUCCAAAACCAAGUGUUACGAUUCAAAAGAGAAAAGGACAGCUACAAACAUAUGCUGGAGUCGGCUCAGAAAACGAUCGGCGAACUAAAGCAGUCUCCACAUCUGAACAAGUCCAAAGAUCCCAAAGAAAGACUGUACUACGACGAGCUGGAAGAUGCGAAAACGAAAGUGUUGUGUCUGGAACAGCAAGUGAGUUGUAUGGAAGAUGAACUGUCCGAAGCCAGACUGGAAAGUUCCAGGUUGAAGACGGAAAUGGUGUCGGAAAAAUCGACGUGGGAAGUGAAAUUGUCAGAACUGCAUUCGAAAAUUAACGAAUUAGAGGAGGAGAAAGUGUUGAGCAGCGGACGCACCAAAAUCAUGGGUUUGCGGACCAGAAUGGAAUUGGCAUGGCAAAAAGAACGGGAAGAACAGCAACGACUGCUUCAAGAAACGGCCACUUUGGCACGGGACUUGCGACAGACGUUGUUCGAAGUAGAACGGGAGAGGGACAAGGAGAGGUUAGAGGCCAAGAGGAAGCAGGAGCAGUUUAAAAAGUCGGUCGAGGAGGAACAGGAAGAGACCAAGCGAAAAGUGACAGAACUGCAAUGCGACUUGCUGGAGUUGAGGGACGCUCACGCUAAGCUCAGGACGACCAAUGAGAAAUUGCGGAGAGAGAAGGAACGCUACGAAAGAGAUAGAGAAGAGUAUCGGGUGCUCAAGAUGGAUAGACGCAAAGUGGAUCUGGAAGACGAUAGGAAAGUAAACGCGAUUAUUGAACAGGUCGACAUGCUCAAGCAGUUGGCACCCGAGUUGUUUUUCUGCAGAGAUGACGAGGCCCCCUACACACCCACACCCCCGCGUCGCACCAAAUCCAAAUCCAGAGAAACGUCGCCUGCUCUGGAUAGAACGGAGCGUUCGUUGUCCGUCGACCCGGAAGAGAAGAAACAGAAGAUCCAAUUGGUAAUGCAACGACUGGUGCACACCACCGAAGAUCUGAGAAAACUGCAAAGAGUGACGGAAGACGACGACGAGAAGGAACGGAUGAGGAGGAUGGGCAUGCGCAGAGCGACUUCGACGGAAACGGAAUCCCGAUAUAAUCGAAACAUGGUCAGAAAAGCGUCCGUCACCUCGCAGGGCAGUUUGUAUAGAAAAAGUUUGUCCUUGGAGCACACCACGGGAGCAGACCAGAAAAUAUGGACCAACGAGGUGAACGUCAACGACAGUUUGUCCAGUUUGCGGUCGAUGGAAGAGGCCAAACGCGAUUUCAGUUUGGACAGCAGGUUGUCGGGCGGAUCCACUCAAAGCGACGUCGGAGAUAAAAAGAAAAAGAAGAGUUUGAUGGGCAAACUCAGGAAUUUGACCAAGUCGAGGAGUAUUGACGACCAAGACCCCGGAAGCUUCUCGCCCACCAGGGCGUUAUCGUCGUCUAAGAACAACUCUGGUUCCGACAUCCUGGAAGAUCGAGGAAGUAAAAAGGACUUGAAAGAUAGAAUAACGGGAAUUUUUAAAAGAAGCGGAUCCUCGUCCAGGAGCAACAGUGUGGAAAGAAAACAUGAAACCAGCUCCACCCAAAGACCUUUGGUAAGGAACAGUGCGACCGGUGGAUCUCAUCCUUCCGGCGCCAGUUAACUACGUUUCUCUCUAUUUACUUGUGAUUUAUUUCCUUUUUAUUUAUUUAUUUUUCAAAGUUAACAGUUUCCUAGUAGAGCACCGAUAGCGACAGUAAAAAAGUAAAAUAUCAACCCUUAGGAAUGGGAUAAAGAAUAAUUGCAUAGCGGGGAAUGUAACUUGGUGAAAUAAAACACCUCGUUGGACGAUUCGAAAA